GGGGCGCGCGCAUGCUCGUGCACUCAGCGGAAUGAAUACUAAUGUUGAAGAUGGCGGCGGAGGGAGGUGGGAAGGAGGCGAACGAAAUUAAAACUCAAUUCACCACACGGGAGGGCGUCUAUAAACUCCUGCCGAACUCCGAGUACAGCCGCCCGAACCGGGUGCCGUUCAAUUCACAGGGCUCGAACCCGGUCAAAGUCUCCUUCGUGAACGUGAACGACCAGUCCGGUAACGGCGAGAGAAUCUGUUUCAAUGUGGGCCGGGAGCUUUACUUUUACAUUUAUAAAGGCGUCAGGAAGGCCGCUGACAUGAGCAAACCCAUAGACAAGCGGAUCUAUAAAGGAACGCUUCCCACGUGUCACGACUCCAACACCCUGACGGCCACGGCGGAGAGCGUCUCACUGUUGGUGGGCUUUUCUGCAGGGCAAGUACAGCUCAUUGACCCCAUCAAAAAGGAAACCAGCAAACUUUUUAAUGAAGAUAGACUCAUUGACAAGUCUCCGGUGACGUGUUUAAAGUGGGUCCCGGGUUCAGAGAGCCUGUUCUUGGUGGCUCACGCCAGUGGGUGUUUGUACCUGUAUAACGUGGAGCACACGUGUGGAACGACAGCGCCGCAUUACCAGCUCCUCAAGCAAGGCGACAACUACACCGUACACACCGGCAAGAGCAAAACGGCCCGCAAUCCUCUCCUCCGCUGGACGGUUGGCGAGGGCGCGGUCAACGAGUUCGCCUUCUCGCCGGACGGGAAGUUUCUGGCCUGCGCCGGUCAGGACGGCUUCCUCCGGGUGUUUUGCUUCGACACGGCAGAACUCCAGGGCACCAUGAAGAGCUACUUCGGCGGACUGCUGUGCGUGUGCUGGAGCCCCGACGGACGCUACAUCGUGACCGGCGGGGAAGACGACCUCGUGACGGUGUGGUCCGUUUCGGACUCUAGGGUCAUCGCGCGCGGCCGCGGGCACAAGUCGUGGGUGAGCGUGGUGGCGUUCGAUCAUUGCAUCACCAGCGUUCAGGACUGCGAAGCGCCAGCGGAGUUCAGCGGGAGCGACGAAGACUUUCAGCAAUUCAACGGAACCCGAGAACGGACGAACAGCGGCCAAUCCAAACGAAACUCUACCGACGGGCGAAGCCUCAGUGUGACUUAUCGCUUCGGCUCGGUCGGUCAGGACACCCAAUUAUGCUUGUGGGACCUUACAGAAGACAUUCUGUUCCCCUUACCCAGAACUAGGACUCACACGAAUGUCAUGAGUUGGGAAACUAACGGCAACAGCAGCGUAACCCCGUCGAACUCGCCUUUACCGCGCUCAAACAGUUUGCCGCACUCCUCGGGCAGCAGCCCGAACAUCCACAAACCCGCCAGCAUCGUAGACGGUGUGAUCGCCGCGGGCGUCGGCAAAUUCGCCACGUUGGCUCUACACGAAACGCGCAAGGAACGGCAUCAGGAAAAGGACCACAAACGCAAUCACAGCAUAAGCUACAUCAGCAACAAGAGCAGCGAGAAGCUCAACCAGAUCAUCGGCUCGCGCGCCGGCAAAACGGACACCGCUAAAGCGCUGGGAACGACGCUGUGUCCGCGCAUGGAGGAAAUCCCUCUGCUGGAGCCGCUGGUCUGUAAGAAAAUCGCCCACGAGAGACUCACCGUGUUGAUCUUCCUCGAGGACUGUCUGGUUACAGCCUGCCAGGAGGGUUUCAUUUGCACAUGGGCACGGCCUGGAAAAGUGGGCCUUUUGCCUCCCCAAAACCCAGCCAACUCUCCCAGCGGGACGGUCGUAUAGCUGCCGUGACCUUCAGACGCAUCAUAUCAGCUGUGUCACAUGUAUGUUGUCAUGUUUGCCGAGAAACACGUGCUUACUGUUCAUCCCGAAUCUCAAGAAGCCCGUCAAGCUCAUAAUUCACCCUAAAGUCAACAGAAAUAACUAAUAUUUUGCUUAAACAAAAUGAUUUUAUGACAGUUUAACACAUUUCAGCCCCAAAUACUCAUUACUGUCUUGCAAUAUAUUGUGAUGUACAACUGUAAGACCUUAAUAGUAUUUUGAUUCUGAUUUUAAUUGCAAACUUAAUAUUGUCAGGGUCCAGACAGGAUGAUUUUUCAACACUAAGAAUUGUGGCAAAUGUGUGUAAUUGUCAUGCAAAAAAAAAAAAAAAAAAAAAUGCAAAAACUAAUGGUCCUUUGGGGUGAAAUAUGAUGUUCUCAACAGGUUUUGAGAGAUGCAAUCAAGACUGUUGUGUUCAGUAUUUUCAGUAAUUACUUUUGUUCCGUCUCUCUUCUUUUAUAAGUACUAUAAUUUGCAGUCCAUUCCGUCCAUCUUUAUGAUGAUUCUCCGUCUGUCCUCGCUGGAUUUCAGAGCUCAGAUUUUUCCGAGGUGUUUUGCACUGAUCGUGUUGCAACUCUCAUUAUAGCGUUGGAACAAACACACGCUGGUGCGUUUCAGUAACGGCGUGUCGCUUCCCUCCAUCAGCGCUGGAUGUUGCACUCAUACUUUUGUGAAAGAGUGAAAGGAGGAAAUUGCACUAAAUAAUUAGAAGAAAAUGGCUUUACAAAUGUUUGGAGUCGUUAAGGACUCCCUGGACAUGCUGUAAAAGUGUAAAGAGAACUAAAUAUCUUUUUGAACAUUUAUUUUAAUAUUGUUUCAAAUGAAACGGGUUGAUGUGUAAAUAUUGUAAAUUAUGGAUUUAUGGUGGAUUGAAAUAAUAAUUACACAAAAUAGUAAAGUUGUAUUUCUAAUACAGAGGAAUUUAUAUAUAAAUAUAUAUAAUUAAAAUCAUCUUAAAUAAGCAUA